AUGUUUCCCAUUAUUCGUCGCAUCGCAAGCGCGUUUGUGCUCAACUCUACUUGCGUUUCUGCGAAGAGGAGAUCGUUGAUGAUGGAGUCUAAAACCUCUACAUUUCAAUCGGAGCCUACAUCAGAAAUCGCUCUUGCGCCCAAGAUGAUGGAUAUUUCCGGGCAAGAUAUGCCUCAUCGUGAGGACCACAAGCAUCCGGGUCCCUACAUGAGGGGAUAUCAUACUGGGGUUCUCGGAUGGAUUGACCGUGCCCUUUGCUCUCACGGCUGGGCUGUCUUCGUGGGCAUUCCUCCUUUCCUCCCUUUGGGCCUUUCAAUCUAUUGCAAUUACCGCAUUCUUGGUUCGGCAAAGCUAGUCAUCAUCGGCGGACUAGCCGAACUCUUCAGCGGCGCGAUUUCGAUGGGUCUGGGUGGCUUGCUUGCUGCUCUCACGGAGAGGUCACAUUAUUUUGCUGAGGAGCAGAGGGAGAGGGAUGAAGUGAGGGUUAUGCCGCAGCUGGAGAGGGAGGAGAUUUAUGUGUUGAUGGAGGAGUAUGAUGUUGGGAGGGAUGCGAUUACGCCUUUUGUUGAUGCGCUGGUUGCGAAUGAAGAUAAAUGGGUCAAGUUCAUGAUGGAUUUCGAGCUGAAGAUGGAGAAAGUUGAGAAGAAGCAGGUUUGGAUCUCGGCUGGUGCAUUGGCAGGCUCUUACUUCGCUGGUGGUCUUAUACCCAUGGUUCCCUAUUUCGCCAUGAAGAGCGUCACAGACGCCCUGUUCGUAUCUAUCGGUGUCACGGUCCUCAUGCUCCUCGUCUUUGGCUUCGUCAAGAACAAGAAGACAGUUGGGACUACACGCUCUGGCUUUAAAGGAGCAGCUCAGACCCUAGUCACCGGCGUACUGGCUGCGGGCGCGAGUUAUGGCAUUGUGCGGGCGCUUGAUUCCAGGGAUCCGGUUCUUACGUAG